AUGCAAUUCUGGGUUGGCUGGGAACUAUGGGAGAAAUUGAGUGUGGCACUCGUCCUCGUAUACGCCUACUGUUCCCUCGUCUACACCAGGUGGAAAAUGCGGAGAUAUGCAGCCAUCGAGGCGCGCCAAAAAGAAGAGGACGCUGAGCUAUUCCCGAUGCUAAAGAGAGACGAUAUACCCUUUGGUGCGAGGGCCCUGGAGAGAGGUAUCCAGAUCGAGGGCAUUUGGAUUUCAAACCCCAACACUCCGGUCCAGUCCCCGCAAUUACCAGGGACGCCCUUUGAGACUCUACCACCUAGCCCAGCCGGAAGACCAUUCAUGCUUCCUUCGCCAAGCUCAACUUCGUCGUCGAUAGCUCUUGACUGUGUCCCAACGAGCCAGAGCCUCCCGACACAUCGCUCGUCUCCACCCCAGUCACUUCGGCCAGUAUACCAAGCAUAUCACCCGGAAAUUGACAUUGUCACCGCAAACAAAUACACAUACGAGCCCCAGAGACCCGGCGGUAUCUACUCACCUGUGAUAACAUCCCAGAUACCCGAGUCGCCUAGCAGACAUAGCAGGUUCCAACGAAGAAGCGAGAUCCUACCGAGCGUCGAAACAAGUCGAUUCCAGCGCCGAACCGAAGUGCCUCCAGUUAUUCCCAGCAGCGAAAAGCGCGCGAGUUUUCACACCCGAAUCAAACGAGCAAGUCAUAUCUUCGAGAAGAGUCCUUCUGUUGGGGUCACCGAGCAUGAGAGAACAGAGUUGGGUCCAACGAGCAAUGGUUCUGGUUCGCAACCGGACGAGUCCCAUCGGGCUUCUCGGAUAACCCGGGUUAUUCGUCGCCGUUCCUCCGAAGAGUUUAGACGCAGAAUGAGCGAGAUCUUCAACGAACGAAUCCGCAUGAACGUGUCACUUGACGAGUUUCAGUCAAAUCCAAAGCCACAAGGUGAUUAUGCCGAGGAUGGACUUCCAGGUCCUGGUGCGCCAACCCCGCUAUCCGCACUUGAGGGAACCGCCGGCUUGACUGCGAGAGAUAUCAAGCUGUUUGUCGAUGCGGGCUACCACACCGUCGAAUCGGUUGCUUAUACACCGAAACGAUUACUGGAGCAGAUCAAGGGAAUUUCAGAACAGAAGGCGACAAAAGUUCUGGUUGAGGCCGCGAGACUUGUCCCGAUGGGCUUUACAACGGCCACCGAAAUGCACGCAAAGAGAAGUGAACUCAUCUCCAUAACCACCGGAUCCAAACGACUCGACACCCUGCUCGGGGGUGGAAUCGAAACGGGCUCGAUCACAGAAGUAUUCGGAGAGUUCCGUACAGGAAAGAGUCAGAUCUGUCACACCUUGGCCGUAACAUGCCAACUUCCCUUUGAUAUGGGCGGCGGAGAAGGAAAAUGUCUCUACAUCGACACGGAGGGAACCUUUCGACCCGUCCGUCUCCUCGCCGUAGCCCAGCGUUUCGGACUCGUGGGCGAGGAAGUCCUCGACAACGUCGCAUACGCACGAGCAUACAACUCCGACCACCAGCUCCAACUGCUCAACCAAGCGUCACAGAUGAUGUGUGAGACGCGCUUCUCGCUUCUCAUCGUCGACUCCGCGACCGCACUGUACCGAACCGAUUUCAAUGGUCGUGGCGAGCUCUCGUCCCGACAGACCCAUCUGGCCAAGUUCCUCCGCACUUUGCAGCGUCUGGCUGAUGAGUUUGGCGUUGCCGUUGUGAUUUCCAACCAGGUUGUUGCUCAGGUUGAUGGUGGACCUAGCGCUAUGUUCAAUCCGGACCCGAAGAAACCUAUUGGUGGUAAUAUCAUUGCGCAUGCUAGUACGACUCGACUCAGCCUGAAGAAGGGCCGUGGUGAGACUCGAAUUUGCAAGAUUUAUGACAGCCCUUGUUUGCCCGAGAGUGAUUGCCUGUUUGCGAUCAAUGAGGAUGGUAUUGGAGAUCCCAACGAGAAGGAUAUGGAGGAUUAA